UCAACGUUCGUACCUGGCGCCAGCCGUCCAACCAUAAGUUUCUUGUAAAGAAGCUCGAAAGCUCUACAUUUUGAGAAUUAUUGGCGCAGUCAGUAAUAAAAGGCGAAAUUUCGUCCUUCGUCGAGUGUUGUCGAGUCACAAAUCCAAAUCGGCUAGUAAUGCUUUGCUACGAGAAAAUCAUCGUGCGGAUGGAUCAGCGACUAUCAAACGUGUUUAGCGAACAUCUUGCAUUUUUGAAAUUUCAUAGAGUGAAAUAGUAUUGUAGUUGAUUUUUUAGUUAUCAAUUUCGAGACUUUUUAGUUUGUUUAUUGUGCAUUUUUAUUUUACACAAGUUGUCAUUGUUGUGAAGGUCACAUAUUUGAUUUUACUCAGAAAUCAUUAAAAUAUUGGUUAUUUGUUUUAAUACUGAGUCUUACAAGACCAUACAAAAAUGAGGGCCUUAGAUUUAGACAAGUUUCAAAAACUACAAAGUGUUCCUGAUAAAAUUAGGAAUAUAUGUAUUCUAGCUCAUGUAGAUCAUGGAAAAACGACUUUAGCUGAUUCCUUGGUAGCAAGUAAUGGAAUAAUUUCUAAUAAAUUGGCUGGUAAGCUACGCUAUCUUGACAGUCGUCCAGAUGAGCAGUUGCGUGGCAUAACAAUGAAAUCAAGCCUUAUAACAUUAUAUCACAUCUAUAAUGAUUCAGAGUAUAUCGUGAAUCUUAUAGAUUCUCCUGGGCAUGUAGAUUUUGCAUCUGAAGUAUCAACUGCUGUAAGAUUAUGUGAUGGUGCAAUAAUUGUAGUAGAUGCAGUAGAGGGUGUUUGUCCUCAGACAAGGAGUGCUUUGUUUAUUGCUUAUAUCGAGGGUUUGAAACCAUUUCUAGUCCUUAAUAAAAUUGAUAGACUAAUUAUUGAGAUGAAGUUGACACCUCUUGAUGCUUAUGUUCAUUUGAAUCAAGUUUUAGAGCAGGUGAAUGCUGUUAUGGGAGAAUUAUUUACUAGUGAUGUUAUGACCAGAGAUGAAGAAAAUGAAAAUAUUGUCACAAGUGACACAGAUGAUACAGCAGAGAGAAAUAUAGCUGACUGGCAAUCGGCUCUAGAAGAAAUUGAUGAUUCCAAUUUGUAUUUUUCACCAGAUCAAGGCAAUGUUUUGUUUGCUAGUGCUAUUGAUGGAUGGGGAUUCACUAUCAAACACUUUGCAAAAAUUUUUUCUGAAAAACUAGGUUUUAGUGAAAAGGUUUUAUCCAAAACUCUAUGGGGUGACUAUUAUUUAAAUAUGAAGAAUAAGAGGAUAAUGAAAGGUGCACAAGAAAAAGCUAAGAAACCAUUAUGUGUUCAGCUUAUAUUGGAAAACAUUUGGGCUUUAUAUGAAACAGUGGUUGUGAGAAAAGACAAAGACAAAGUGGUAUCUAUGGUGGAAAAAUUGAAUAUCAAAUUAACAACCAGAGACUUGAGACACAGUGACCCAAAAGCUCAGUUACAUGCAAUUUGCACACAGUGGUUGCCUCUGGCUAAAGCCUGUCUAGAUAUGACAAGCGAAAAAGUCCCACCUCCUCAUAAAUUAUCCAAUGAGAAAGUUGAACGAUUAAUUAGUGGCACAGUUGACUUUGCUACUAUGUCUGAUGAAACCCAACAGCUUAAAGAAGCCUUCUUGCAGUGUCGAUCUGACAAUGAUGUACCUGUCAUUAUUUUCAUUUCAAAAAUGUUUCCUGUUGACAAAAGAUCUUUACCAGAAAACAAACCAAAACCCUUAUCUCAAGAAGAAUUGAUACAGAGAAAAAAAUUUGCACGUCAGAGACAUGCUGAUAAAAUGGAAAAGGAUAAAUUGGAUGGAAUCACAAGUCUUGACAAUAUAGAACGAGUAUCUGCAAAAGAGAGUGAAGAAGUUAUAGAGGAGAAAGAAGAAGAAGAAUGUGAUAAUAGUUUAAUUGCUUUUGCUAGAGUUUAUUCAGGUACUUUAAGGGUUGGUCAAGAAUUGUACGUUUUGGGUCCAAAGCAUAAUCCAAGAAUAGCAUUGGAAAGGCAAAAGGAAGGGGAAAUCAUAGAUCCCAAUUGGCAAUUGAAAGACUUGAAAACUGGAAUGCACAUUACAAAAGUUACCAUUUCCAAAUUGUAUCUUCUGAUGGGUAGAGAAUUAGAACCAAUCACCAAAGUUCCUGCAGGGAAUGUAGUAGGCAUUGGUAAUUUGGAGGAUCACGUCUUGAAAACUGCAACAUUGUCAACGACAAUUGCUUGCCCUUCGUUUUCUGAAUUAACCUCAUUGGCAGUGCCAAUACUCAGAGUAGCACUAGAGCCUAAGCAUCCAAAUGAUUUGCAAAAAUUAGUAAAUGGCCUCAAACUUUUGAAUCAAGCUGAUGCUUGUGCCUCAGUUUCAAUACAGGAAAAUGGAGAAAUUGUAUUGAGUACAGCGGGUGAGGUCCAUUUAGAAAGAUGUUUAGAAGACUUGAAAGAUAGGUAUGCUAAAAUAGAAAUUAAUGUAUCAAAACCAAUUGUAUCGUUCAGGGAAACUAUUGUACCUCAGCCAAAAGUUGAUAUGGUCAAUGAAGUUAUUGAAAAGAAGGCUGAAGAAGUCAAUUUAGAAACUUUAACGUGGAACAAUCAAUGUUGCUUUGAAAUUGAUGCCAAACCACUGCCUGAAGAAGUUACGAAAUUGUUAGAGAACAAUGCCGAACUUAUCAAAGAAUGGGAUAAACAUCGUUCUGAUUUGAGCAAAGAAAAAGAAGAUACAAGUAAUCCUCCUGAUUUGUCAAAAUUAAAUUUAGAAUCUUCAACAUUGAUUGAAAAGAUACAGAAAAAUCUGGAAUCUUUUAAGAGCAAACUACUGGAAGCAUUUGUUGCAGCAGGAUGGGAAUCUGAUACACUAGAUAAAAUAUGGUCAUUUGGCCCUAGAAAAUGCGGCCCCAAUAUCUUUUUGAAUGAGAGCAGUUUUUCUGGAAAAUCCUUUUGGAAGCCCCUUAGUAAAUCGGUCGAUCCUCGAGAGGCGUACUACAACAGUAUGGUCAACGGAUUCCAAUUAACUACUCUUUCCGGGCCUUUGUGCGAAGAACCGAUGAUGGGGGUUUGUUUUAUCCUGAAAAAGUGGGAAAUUCACGAAGAUUUGCACAGUGAAAGCGGAAGUCAAUCACAGAGUCAUCUGGUCGGGCAGUUAAUUUCAGCCUGCAACCAAGCAUGUCGAAAAGCUUUUAGCGCUCGUAGGCCUCGACUUGUCACACCCAUGUAUUCCUGUAGCGUUUUAGUUAACUCCGAUGUCCUGGGUAAGUCUUUUAUAAAAGUGUGAGCUCUUCGUAUAAUCAAAAGAAUUCAUACUUUUUUGUCAUAGUCGUUUAUUGCUAUAAUAUUUCAUGAAAAUGAAUAUUUACAAGUAUAUUGAUACGCAUAAACACUAGUAUAGAAGAAAAGAGAGAGAAUCACGUGUCUGGCUUCCUAAAUAGAUUGUAGAUAUAGCGAUACAAUUACAGUAAAAAAAAUA